UACGUAGUCCCCACUACGACGACUCGCGACUGUUGUGCGGCCACACUUUUUUACGCUAGACGGGACGGUACGAAAUUUAGGGGAAAAAAAUGCAAAACGCUGCAAAUUCAACAGUUUUACGUUCUUGAAUCGAAGAACGAACAAAACGAGUAAUCCAUGUAAAUCGCAAUGAACAGCGGUUAUGUUUUUCAAUGGAGAGCGACAUAACGACAAUGGCGGCAAUGUCCCCGUCGAAGCGGCGAUUACAGAAGGAGUUAAUGUCCUUAAUACGUGAACCUCCACCGGGUGUACGCGUGGAUGGAGAUCUUGCUGGACAAAAUUUAACACAAUGGAUCAUUCAUAUGGAGGGUGCAAAGGGUACCUUGUACGAAGGAGAACGGUUUCAGCUGCAAUUCAAAUUUAGUUCUAAAUAUCCGUUUGAUUCGCCAGAAGUUACUUUCAUAGGUGGAAAUAUACCGAUUCAUCCACAUGUUUAUAGUAAUGGUCAUAUCUGUCUAUCUAUUCUGACCGACGAUUGGUCUCCAGCUCUGAGUGUGCAAAGUGUUUGUUUAAGUAUCGUAUCAAUGUUAAGCAGUUGUAAGGAAAAGAAAAGGCCACCUGAUAAUGCAUUUUAUGUGAAAACAUGUAACAAAAACCCAAAGAAAACAAAGUGGUGGUAUCAUGAUGACAGUGUGUAACAGCAACUGCUAAAAUCGUUAACAACUUGUCGAUGUGCAGUUAUUGCUGGACCAAUUGGAAUGACAUUUUUUGUGUCUUAAAAUAACUAUCAAAAUUUCAUAGAUGAAAUUGCUGAAGUAACUUUAUCACGUAUUAAACAAAUUAGGUGCAUAAGUUAGAAAACAAAAAAAAAGCAACGGCAGCAUAGUACUUAUUAUUACAAUAAAAAGGCAAUGUAAAAUGCGUGAGUUAUCCAGUUAUAAAUUAUUAUAAUGUUAUUAAGAAUGAUAUAUAUUAUCCCACAGUUGAAUAGGAAAAGCAUAAAUUACAAAACGCGAAUGCCGAAGAAAAAAAGGUGCACACAAUAUGCUAGUACACAAUGAAAGCAUUUUAUUAUCAAUGUAGGAAGUGCGCUGUAAAAUUAUAUCAGAUUAAUAUAUUGCAGUAAUCACUAUUAAUAGCGUAACACCAAAAAUACACCAAUGUUAUCUCAUUUGUUACCCUCACUUAUUUAACAUUAUUUUAAAUAAAACGUAAGCAGUUAUUUUGAAUGGA